UAACGGUGACAUGUUUGUCACAAAGUCACAGGCCGGUGUACUCGGGUUAGAGAGGGCCUUUGUCUUUGGGUUUUAUUCUUAUUGUGUUAUUCGGGCUCCACCGACCCAAAUAUUAGUCAACUGGGUUGGGCGAGGUAGGAACGGAUGAAGCCCACCGUCUAACAAUCUGGACAUCUAUAGGAGGAGAUCCGCCGCUCGAAACAGCUGACCCAGCGGCGACUGCGGAACCACCAGGAGCGUCUGCAAAGAUCGACCCCGCCAUCCCGCCGUCCCUCUCGGUGACCGGAGACGCAGCCGGGAACGCGACUGAUCAGGCUACCGAGCCCGGCCGCAGGGCGAAGUCGGUGCGGUUCGAGGCCUCAGAAAGGGACACGCAGCAGCGGCGGUGGCGCUGACUCAGCCCGGCCUCCCUGCAGUCCCCCUGGCAGCCGCAGCAGCCACAGCAGCCACACGCGCGGGCAGCUGGGCCACACGCUUCCCCCGCCCUCGGCCCCACCCGGCCGCACCCUAGGCCGCGCGGCGUCACAGAGCGCAUGCGUGCCGCGGGGGAUGCCGGGAGCGCGCAGUGGCGGCAGCAGCGGCGACGGCAGUAACAGCGGCAGCUACAGCGGGGACGCGAGCGGGGCGGUGACGGUGUGGGAGGUGGUCUCACUCUUGGGAAAACUGCUGGGCACCGUCGCCGCACUGAAGGUGGUUCUGUACCUGCUCCGAGUGUGCUUAGCGAUGGCCUGGAAAUCCGGCGGCGCCAGCCACUCGGAGCUAAUCCACAACCUCCGCAGAUUUCUUAAAUCGGUAAAUGGCAUCAGCAUCUCAACGAUUACCCCCACUCCCACCCCCAAAUCCAGUCAGUCAGAAAACGGAAUCAUCAAGACAGAUAAAGUAUUUGAAGUGAUGCUAGCUACAGACCGCUCUCACUAUGCAAAAUGUAACCCUUACAUGGAUUCUCCACAAUCAAUAGGUUUCCAAGCAACAAUCAGUGCUCCACACAUGCAUGCAUAUGCACUAGAACUUCUAUUUGAUCAGUUGCAUGAAGGAGCUAAAGCUCUUGAUGUAGGAUCUGGAAGUGGAAUCCUUACUGCAUGUUUUGCACGUAUGGUUGGAUGUACUGGAAAAGUCAUAGGAAUUGAUCACAUUAAAGAGCUAGUAGAUGACUCAAUAAAUAAUGUCAGGAAGGACGAUCCAACACUUCUGUCUUCAGGGAGAGUACAGCUUGUUGUGGGGGAUGGAAGAAUGGGAUAUGCUGAAGAAGCCCCUUAUGACGCCAUUCAUGUAGGAGCUGCAGCCCCCGUUGUACCCCAGGCGCUAAUAGACCAGUUAAAGCCUGGAGGAAGAUUGAUAUUGCCAGUUGGUCCUGCAGGUGGAAACCAAAUGUUGGAGCAGUAUGACAAGCUACAAGAUGGCAGCGUCAAAAUGAAGCCUCUGAUGGGGGUGAUAUACGUGCCUUUAACAGAUAAAGAAAAGCAGUGGUCCAGGUGGAAGUGAUUUUAUCUUCUGCUCUUUCUUCUUCCACACAUGCAAGGGAUGAAUUGUAAAAGCAACAUCAGCUUGACCAGUAUAAAAUUACAGUGGAUUGCUCAUCUCAGUCCUCAAAGCUUUUUGAAAACCAACACCAUCACAGCUUGUUUUGGACUUUGUUACACUGUUAUUUUCAGCAUGAAAAUGUGUGUUUUUUUUUAGGGUUUCUGAUUCUUCAAAGAGGCACAGAGCCAAAUUGGUAGAGGAAGGAUACAGAGUAUAAAUUUGUGUAAUAUUACUUUAACAUGCCUAUAUUUUACUUGGUAAUAUUAAAAGAAAGGGUUCUGAAAAAUGGAAAACUUAGUUUGUCAAUUGAUUUUGAGGAGUGGUUUUUCUUUUCUUGGACACUUAAUUCUGUUCUGAUAUUAAUUUAUCAGAUUGCUUUUGUGCAUUGGAUAACACCACCAUUCACAAGUUAAGAUUCUUGGUAUUUGGAUGUCUGUUAGAUGCUACUAAGAAAAUAGAGAUGAGCUUUCUUUUUAAAGCUUUUGAUGUGGUGUCAUAGAAUAGCAUGUUGUAGAUACAAUCAGCUGCUUUGUUACCUUAAAACUAGGCAUUUGUAAAUAUUAAACCUUAAGAUGGCAGGUGAUGUCCUGUAAACACUCAGCUGUUCAGAUUGGACAUAACUGACUUAGUUCUUCCCUUCUCUCUCUCAAAAUUAUAGGAGACUUGUAGUUUAGUGUUGUUUUCUGUUUCUAAUGUGCUGCUGAUAAUGUACAUGAACUUAACAUGCUGUGUAAGCUGUGUCCCAGUUCUUGAACAGUUUAUGCAGUGCUGCUUUGCCAAAUAAAGUUAAAAGCAAAAGAGG